UGGCAGUCUGAAAGAGGAGGGGGCAGAGGGAAGGACAAUGGACAUUGCAAGCUCAAGCGCACCUUCCUCGGGGGUGGUUGAUAAAGUCCCAAUGCCGGCUACGGACCCAUCCUUGUUCGUCCCACAGCCGGAGGGAAGGCAAAUGAAGCUGCAGGGCGAGAAGGAGGUGUGGAAGCAUGUGGAGCAAGGUCAGGAGGCUGCGCCAAAGGGGCGGGGAGAGUAUUGGUUGCGGUGUCAGCUAUGCUCGACCGUUUACAGGGGCACGAGCACAAGAGCCGUUGAGCAUUUCCUCAAAUUGCAGAAGCCUUGCCCUUUCAGGACAGGCGGGAUAUUGCACAAGCUGGUGGCCCAAGACGCGAAGGUGCUGCCGAAGGACAAGAAGAUGCAAUACCUUCUGCAAAAUUACCGGCAGUUGCACAACAUUUCAGUGGGUGGGGCUGCUAUCACUAGAGACGACGAGAAUGUGGUUAUACCUCGUGGUUACGAGGAGCCACAACCGUCGGUUGCUGCUGGGAGGGAGCCAGUGGAGGAGGUGGUGCAGCGGGGAAAAGAAACUGCGGCGGUAGAGGCGGUGAGAGAAGAUGGUGAUUCCAACAAAAGGGUGGCUUCACUGCAGCAAACGAUCAUCAAGAGAUGGGUCGACAACACGGCGCAAAAGAAGUUGGACGUUGCGGGGGCGAAGACAAUGUUCAGAGCCGGAAUUGCAUUCCAAUACCGGGAGUUUGACACCACCCAGCAGCUGCCCAACGUGUAUCUCGAGGUGGCGAACGCUAGACCGAAGGUGAAGUUGCUAUUUUCGAAGCACAUGCGGACUGUCAUGCUCGAGUUCAUUUUCAUGCGCAUUCAAAAGCAAGUGGAGCCUUUGACAAAAUGUUGGGAUGUCACCGGCUGCACUUUCAUCACGGACGGGUCUAACGAUCGGAGGGAGCGGCCUGUCAUGAACUUCUUAGCGGCGGGGGAGCAGGGAGCUGUUCUAGUGGUGACGGUGUACAUGGACGGCAAGAAGAAGACGGGAGCAGCGCUAGUUAAGGGAAAGACUCCAUGGUCUGAAACGUUUAGCGAAGGGGAGGCAGAAGACUCCUCCAAUGAUGAUUUUGAGUUGGGAGCGCGACCCUCAAUCUCGGGCACCACAUAUGUUGGGAGGAGGCCAACAACGCGGCACCGUCGAGAACGCCCGCCCAGAACGCCAUCUCAAGGGACAGCGAAUACAAGUGCACAAUACAACAUCCAAUCCGAUGUUGAGCUACCAAAGAUGGACACCGACAUUGACAUGGUGCUUCGCCCAGGUCCAAUCGAUGCGGAUGAGGCGGAGACCGAUCGUGCGAAGGCAAUGGUUGAUGCAGAUCGCGAACGGGUGCAAAGGAGAAUGAGAGAGGAGGAGCGGGGAGCAGCUAUACCAACCCGUAGAGAAAUGGAGAAACAAAAGAAGAAGGUUGGGGAGCAUGAACCGGAGCAUGUGUGGGAGAUGGGGCAGCAAAAGGAGGAGGAAGAGGAGGAGAUGGGCCAGCAAGACGAGGAGGAAGAACAUGAGAUGACCCACGAGUCGCAAGAAGAAGAAGAGAUGGAGGACGAAGAAGAAAAGGCUUGCAUGGAGCGGCGAGAGGAGGAGAUGGAAGAAGAUGAAGGGAAGGGCAUAAACUAGCAAGAAGAGGGGUUGGACGACCAACAUGCGGAACGGGUGGGAGAGAGCGAGAAGGAGCGGCAGCACGACGAGAUGGCGAACAACGAGGAAGAGCCGCAACAGCAACAGCAUGCACGGAUGACGGUGUACAAGCGUCGGAAGCAAAUAGCGCAGUCUGCCGGGUUACCGGAGAAUUCCCCCGAAUUCCCAGACAACGUCGAGGGAAGCCAACACGACAACCUGUGGGUUAGCAGGGUUGGGAGGAAGAGGAAGGUGCCCCCUGUCGACGAUGUGCCGAGGCCGAAACUUCCACGUGGCAGGCCUCGGAAGAACCCGACUGCUGGUCCGACUACGAAGCCGGAAAAAAAAAACAGCAGUGCAAGCCUCGCAAAACGAUUGUC